AAUAGGCGUCGUGACUUCCGUCAGAUCUGCUGUACGGACUCGUUCAAACGAGUGGUCUGUAUCUUUUACUAUCGCAGACUUUUCAAACCUGGGAGCGGAUCAAGGAUUAGGAUAUUUGCAGAAUGAAGGUUUGGCAGUGAAUUGUUUUCAAGACAAAUACCUUGAAUGGCUACCUUCGCCUUCGGUUGGGGACGUCAUCAUCUUACGCAGGUUAAAAGUAAAGUUAUUUUUUACACUUCUACAUCACCGUGUCCAUGUGCCAUCUUCGUACAUCGAUUUCAAUUUUACUAACCUAGACCCACCCCCGCUAGGUUUCCAACUUUCGAGGUACCACGAUGAUUGCUAUUGGCUAUAACGACAAACUCCGAUGGACCCAUUUUAAUGCGGAGACGCGCGUUGCAUACCACGGAGAUAGGGGAAAUGCGCCCGAGUCGGAAAGGACUGAUAAUGGUUUUGGAUAUGAAUACUCGCCGUUCUGGACUCCACAAGCAAUUGAAAUUGACUACUGUAACCGACUUGUCGACUGGUGGCAGGAUUUACAACGGUUUUUAGG